UCUUACUUAUUUGUUUAUUUGAACACCUCGGGCAUCAUUGUGUUUGGUUGAAUGUUUUAGCUGUACACAAGUGCUUUCAUGAAGCUACUUAAAUGUGUGGAAUAUUGGUUCAUAGGAGAUCAAAUAUUUAUUUUUAUUAGGAAGCCAGGGUUAGCGUAAGCUGGUAAGAAGGUGUCGAUGAUAGCAAAUAUAUAUAUUAACACCUGCCUGCUUUGUGCUUGCACUUUGUGGCCACAACAUGAGGUGUGCCUCGAAUAAGAUCUUACAAGAGUGUCAUUAUGAACAUUGCCAACCAAAUUAGUAGAAAAGUGAAUAGUGGUACUUUUCCAGACUGUUAUUUUAUGUAGUUGUAUUGAGUUCAUUUUGUCUACACUUAUAGAUUAGUUGAUUUUUUUUUUUCUGUUAUCACAGACAAUUGUUUUAGGUUGUUUUAAUUAUCUAACAUGUUUUGGCAAAUACUUCCGCCUUCUUCAGAGAGUGUUAUUUUAUCUUCUAGAAGGGAUUUCUUUUGGGGAUUGUGGUAUGCAUGUUCUUUUUUUGUAAAGUCAUAGUAUUUCACAGUGAUUCUUAGCUGAUGGAUCGCAGACACAUUUUCUUCUUACUUGGAAUAGGACAAGAAAUAUUUAUUCUUUCUGCUUUACCAAUGCAGUACAUUGUAGCUCAUGAACAUUGUGGCUAGCAAUAUUCCUUUGGCGAUGCAUCAAACUGAUUUUAGAUUGUAAUGGACCUAUAAUACAGAGCAUACAUGUGUUUUAAGUUGCUUACCUCUAUUUAAACUAGGCCUGGGUGAUACAUUCGUUUUAUGAAUUUGUGUUUUUUAUUUGCUGAUUGUUAAAUUGGAGUGUUUUUGUUGUCAAAGUUAUUAUUUUGUAUUUGGGAGAACAAUUUUGCACUAUAUUUACGAUACAAUUGGGCAACAUUUAGCCUUUUUUUUCCCAAAUGACUUUUUGAUAAUUAAUUAAAAACCAAAACAAAAAAAGGCAUAAAGACAUGCCAUCCAUAUAUUUGGACAUCGCCUUUUGUGUCAUAUAGGCCACAAUAUCAAUAUUUAGUAUACAAGUGUGGCCUACAUAACACCAAUUGUGAUGUCCACAUAUAUGGAGGCUGACUGGUUCUUGCUUGUAUUUUAAUCAUUAUUUUAAUAUAUUUUAUUUAUGAAUAAAUAAAAUUUUAGAUGAAUAAAAAGGUUGAUUAGAAAAACCUUAUUGAAAUGAAUUAAAACAAAAAUAGACUCUAGUUACGCCGCACAUGGCAGUCUAAAUUAGAUUUUAUAUAUUUGUUUAUUUCAUAUUUAAUUUCAUAUUCUUUUCCCUCAUUGCCAUUAAUGGGCACUAGAUGUCCAAUCCAUUUUGAUUGGAGGCCUGGCACCGAUCAUUCCUAGCCAGGCUCUUGCAGUCAAAUUGAAUUAAACUCCUUGCCCCGUCAAUGGCAGACAGUUCAAUGAGUGCCCUAUAAAGGAUUAAACUUGGUAUGAAUGUUGUCUUAAAAGACAUGAUAAAGUUGCACUAUAACUGGAUAAUGAACAGUUUCUGACAUUUUGAUUAAAUCGUCCUUCAAUUUUCCGACAAAAUGUUUCCGAAGACUUCUGAGCUUUCUUUGCCAUUUCUAUCAACGAAGAUGAGUGAGCCCCUCCAGGAGGAUAUCAUGUUUGGGCACAAGAAAAAAAAAUAGGGAUAGUAGAUCUACUUUAGUAAAUAAGGCAGCAACAACUAAUCGAUUAAAUCAAUAAUAGAUUAUUAAUAGAUUUGUUGCAGAUUUGAUUAUCGAUUUUUGCCGGCAACUAAUUAAGGGUGUACUCCAUGUAAGCGCAUGCGUUGUAGCGACCGUAAAUUAAUACAACAAUGGCAGCAUCGACUCGAGUGAGUUGGAUGCAGCUCAGGCACAUGAUCAUAGUGAAUCAAAAAAUCACCUGCAAUAUUUGCAAAAUGGACUUUGCUUGGCAUGCAUCAUGUAGUCUCGUAUCAUGUAAUUUGCGCUAUAAAAACACGAAUGUAAAACUGGAUCAAUUAAAUCAGCACAGUUAAGCAGGUUGUUUAACAUUUCAUGAUUCUGUAACAUAUCAUGUGGAUGUUUCGAACAGUUUUGAUUUUGCAUAUUCAGUUCGUUUCACUAGCGUACCGUUUGUUUUGUUUCAUGCAUUUUUUUCCUCAUAAAAUUUAUUAUUAGUGUGAGCUAGGCAGAACUGAAGUGCAGUGGCACUUUUCGCACAGACAUCAUAACACUAACUAGAUUAUAUAUCUUUUCAGCACUUUUUCAUUUGAUUGAACAGAACUUGGCCUGAUUUGUGUACUGAGAAAAGGUUUUCUUUUAUACUCAGGACCUUUCAACAAAUUUUAUAUACCUAAAAGAGUACAAUUGUACAGUUAAGCUAUAAAAAAUAUUGUUUUUGAAGGAAUAGUCAUUCAUUUUGUCUUUUUUGUUACUUAGAACAUGCCUGAAACAGUAUCAAGCUAAAUUAUGACGGUAAUUGGAAAAGGACAAAAAAAGGACAUUUAUCUGAUUAAUCAUUUAAUUAAUCGUCCGACUUAGUGAUUUUUUUUCAUAAUCGUUAGUUGCAGCCCUACUUGUAACUGAUGUCAAAACCGAAUGUUAUCAGGUAAGGCUGAGGGUUGUGUUUGUACAGCCCCCCGCCUUUAUCCAGAUAAUUACCUUUCUCUGACAGAUCCAACUGUUGAUUUUUUAUCUUUGGAAACAUGCAAAGUCUGAGUGGUUAGUGCAAUGUUUGUAAUGUCUUGCCCUGUGCAAAAAGCCCGUCAUAUGUCCUCAUCUGGUUGGGAGGGGUGGGACAAAAUUUUCUGCUUCUUAUUAAGCUGUGUAAUUUGGAUUUUGGCUUUGUGGGUAAAAGGCUUUGACAUUUUCACAGAGGUAGACAACAUAUUUAAGAUUCCACGCUUAAGUCCCUUGCAGGGCUAGCGAACUUUUUUUGUCCCUUUAUGCAUGUUUAUAUUAGGGCUGUCACACUCUUUAAAGGUGUCCCCCAGGCUCUUUGUUGGUCAUGAGAUUUGAUCAUAAAGAUUCUGAAUAUUUUUACUUUUUAACUUACCUGCUACCAAUGACGGCAAGAGACAUCCAAUCCAUUUGAAUUGCAUCAAACGCAAAAAUGUAAAAUUUAAAAUUGCCACUAUCGACCAUGCCCCACACAACAGGAUAAUCGCUCAGGAUAAUCUUUUUGAAAUGUCUCGGUGUCUGGCUAUUCUUGACUUUGAUUGGAAAAUUAAAUUAGAAAAUGCUCAAAUUUUUCACGAUUGUAAUAAUGUGUGUACCUCGCUUUAGUUAAGUUAUAAUAUGUUAUUUCUAUACUAGAGUGACCAUUAGGUAUAAUUAGACAUUUAAAAAUCAGACUGCAGUACUGCAUAAUAUGAACUCUGCAAAGUUUGUCUCACCAGUGAGUCAUGGGAUGUGUAGAAAUGUCAGAAUAUGCGUCUCUGCUAACUAAUCUUUCAUAACAGAUUUGUAGGCAUAUGUGGGGUAGAACUAACCACAUCUGUGACAGAGAAGCAGGGGCAAAAAAAAAUUACUUGUUUUGCUUAACAGCCCUUGCACAGUGCCCGUAGGACACAGAAUGCCCUUAUCCCUAUAAGAACAUUCAGUGUCUGUAGUACGUCAUUGUGGUAGGCACUCACCAAAGGGCAUAGUGUUGAUGGGUCUUAAUAACUGCUUGGCUAGUAGCAGGUGCUCUAGGUGUGAAUUAAAAAAAAAAAAAAAAAAAAAAAAAAAAAACCUGACUAUGGGUAUACAAUGAGUACAAUCAAGCUGAGUACCAUCAUAAAAUCUUAAUACCAAUUAUUUAAUUUAACAAGUGUGGUAGUCCUUGAAGUAAUUACAAGGUCAGCUGAUCACCAAGUAUACAUGAUCUAAUUAGACUUCAUGCUACAAAUAUACAAGCACUUUUUUAUCCAUUGACCUCAAACAUUUCCCAUGAGUUUUUUUUUUCUUGGACUGACUGAAGUGUGUACAAUUGUUGAAAGCAAUCUAUGCAUGGCAUCAGUGUCCUUGGUCGAUGUUGCAUUUUUAUCGAAGACAAAAACAUUUCCAGCUGUUUCUGUGAGCCCAUUGUGUAUAUCCCUGCGGGACUCUAUAUUGGUGCUUGUUUUGAUGUUUUUGCCUCGCUGUCAUGUAACAAAAACAAAGUCUCUGAACUUUCCUCUUUUUCCCUGCACAACUUUUUGGCUUUCAGUGGAUUUUCGACUUCUCUGGUUGGAUUUUAGCUAUGUUUCUUUUUUCUGUUUUGUGUUCCCACCAUAAUGUGUAUAGACCCUACCCACGUGACGUCACAACUCCGCUCUCCUGAAUGGUACCGCCCAAUUGUCCGUCAAAACAUAGUGUUAACGUGUUACGGCUACGUACAUUCCUCCUAUUUACGGCGUGUUUUUCUGCUCCUUAACAUUAAUAAUCAACAUGGUGAAGGCGUGUGUGGCUGUUGGUUGCACUAACAGAGAAGAUGGAAGGAGAGACUUGAAGUUUUACCGUAUUCCGAGGGAUCCAAAGAGGAGAGCGAAAUGGACGGCUGCAAUUCGACGUGAAAACUGGGCACCAAAAAAAUCACCACAGACUAUGUAGUAGUCAUUUUAUAUCCGUGAUGGACACCAAGGCAGUUUUUGCGGCCCUCUACAAUGUGUGUGAGGAGAAUGCCACCUUCUUCUCGGGAGGGACGAAAGGCCCGCCGAGUGAUGCCGCACGGCGGCUUGUAGACACCAUGAAGCUAAUCCAGGAACAUGCCCGCAGUCUGGAACCCAUCGUCUCCGGCUUUGCUGCAGUUUAUCACCAUUUUGACUUUGACCCGCACAUUCCAGCCAAUGGCUAUCGCUCGCUCGUCAAGGUUGUGCGUUGCUGCCUUCUCCACAUCAUCCACAAGGGUCGCUACAUCACCGCAAACCGUCGCAGCAUCUUCUUCCGUGUGGCUCACAAUGCUUGCGAAAUAGAGGCCUACUGCAAUGCCUUGUGCCAGUUGCGGGCACUGCUCUACUUGGCCCAGCGCAUGCUGCACGACAACAGCCAUGGUAACCUCUUCUUCAAUGAUGAGAGCGGCCUCAGCGAGAGCUUCGUGCGGGAAUACAGCUCCAUGCACAAGGGCUGCUUCUACGGUCGAUGCCUGGGCUUUCAGUUCACUCCAGGCGUUCGGCCCUCUCUGCAGACCAUCGCCAUCGGCCUCGUGGCCUUUGGGGAGAACUACAGGCGCCAUCAGUCUGGAAUAGGUGUAGCAGCCAGCUCUUUUUUUACAUCGGGCAAGUACGCCAUUGACCCUGAGUUAAGAGGGGCCGAGUUUGAGCGCAUCACUCAAAAUCUCGACGUCCAUUUCUGGAAGACCUUCUGGAACGUCACAGAGACUGAAGUGCUGUCGAGUCUGGCCAGUAUGACGUCUGUGCCAGUCAAGGUGAACCGAGCUCUCUCCGUGCCUCCUGUGCCCUUCGACCUUCCGCUGGCAGCCAAUCACCGAGGCUCGGUGACCAUACCGCCGCCGUGCUCACACAUCGGGGCCGCCCCCGUUCAGAUGAGGCUCAUCUCGUACGAUCUGCGUGAAGGACAGGAUAGCGAGACCCUGCUAUCACUCACCCGCUCAGAUGCGGGCGCAAUCUCUCUUUCGCUGGGGCUGAAGACUAAGCGCCUGCCCUCAUCUCCCUGCCUGGUCAUCCACUUCCACGGUGGAGGUUUUGUGGCUCAGACUUCCAAAUCCCAUGAGCCCUAUCUGAAGACCUGGUCCCAGCACCUGGGUGUGCCUAUCCUGUCUGUGGACUACUCCCUGGCCCCUGAAGCUCCCUUUCCCCGGGCUCUCGAGGAGUGCUUCUAUGCAUACUGCUGGGCUCUGCGAAACCACCAUCUGCUAGGCUGGACCGGGGAGAAAGUCUGCCUAGCUGGUGACAGUGCUGGGGGCAACCUGUGCGUGACAACGUCGCUGCGUGCUGCCGCUUACGGCGUGCGCAUGCCGGACGGCCUUGUUGCCACCUACCCAGCUACCCUGCUGACAGCCUACGCCUCGCCCUCUCGUCUGCUCACCCUCAUGGAUCCUCUGCUGCCACUGAGCGUGCUCUCCCGUUGUCUUAGCGCAUACGCAGGUAAUGAGCCACAGACAGAGAAGCAGGUAGAGAAGGUGAGCACACUCAGCAUGGUGAGGAGGGACACUGCAACGCUGCUCCGAGACUUCCGACAGGGUGCGUCCAACUGGAUCCACUCUCUACUAGACUCCAACAGAACAGCGAACACAGCCAGCACGGAUGCAGAGGUGCAACCAGAAACUACUGACACAGUGAGGAAAUCUGUGUCCGACGCGGCCAUAUCCUCUCCUCACGUGGAUACUCCGGAGCCUGAGUUCCAUGGCGGAAAGUUAUCUGGGAAGAGCCAGACAUGCAUGGACCUGGGAGCUCAUAAUUCUACAUCCCACUGUGCGCCGCUUGUGUCUGAGAGCACACCAGAAGAAGUCCACUUUUCUAUCUCCAUGGAGACUCGUACAGCCUUGCAUAGCGACCUGUCCUCGGUGGCCAUACCGCCCCCUGGUGGGGAGGAGGGCUCGGAGUUCCCCCUCGGCUUUGAGCCGCUGCGCUCGGAGCAGCUGUCUGAGAUGAGGUUGCAUAGUUCGCCGGUGGUCAAGGACCCCUUCUGCUCACCACUUUUGGCCCCCGACAGCAUGCUGAAAGCUUUGCCGCCUGUGCACAUUGUGGCGUGCGCUCUGGACCCCAUGCUGGACGACUCGGUGAUGUUCGCCAAGCGCCUGCGGGCUGUCGGGCAGCCCGUCACGAUGUGCGUCGUGGACGACCUCCCCCACGGCUUCCUUAGCCUUUCACAGCUCUCGCGGGAGACUAAGGAGGCGGCCAACGUGUGCGCUGAGCGAAUCCGUGCCGUCUUCACCCAGAAGGAGACGCCGCCCCCCGAGCCGCAUAAGCACCGCAAGCUGGAACGGACUGACAGGGCAAACGCCACCUUAUAUGACAGAGGUGAGCCGGACGCAGGGCUUGGAACUAAAAUACCCGACGGAGACGGCUUUGUUACAAUCACUCAAGGUGACGUUGAGAGUGUAGGGGCUUAGAAACGACGCUUAGACAAGGCGAUGCCAAUAGGCCACAAAGAGGAAGUAACUCCCUCUGCUUUAAAAACUUCAUUCAUACAGCACUCCUGUAUGAACGUCAUCUCACACCUGUAAUACGCUGCUUUACGCUUUUAACAAAAUGUCAUGUAGCAAAAUUGAUCUGUUCUACAAAAAUCAGGUGUCAGGGCACUCCAGCAUCACCAAUGGAUUGGAAAUCCAGGACAGGCUUAUCAGAUCACUUAUCAGAUGAGACACUCCUCUGCCGUAUCAUUCCAAAUCUGAACAGCCACCGUUGUCCUUUGGAGAAUCUCUUCACAAAGCACUUAAUAGCGCCAUAUUGUGCCCCCUAUUAUUGCGUCAAUAGGGCUCACUUUGUUGACGCUAAUUCUGUUGACUCACACCCUAAAUCCAAUCAGCUGAAAAACAGACUUGAAAGAAAGCCUGCACUGAAAUUGUUGUUCCGUCUUUUCCCCAAUUAUUUGCUGUCAUUGUGUAAUCACUUCUACGACUGGUAUCCAUUUUUGGACUAUAUUAGAAUACCUUGGACCUUACAUACAUGUUUGUGUAGCAGAAAUCUGUAAAUUAUGUGUUGUUGAAUCCACCAUUUGAACGUGCUUUGUACUUUUUAAGGAAAGACUGCACUAGACUCUGCAGCUAAAUUUAGUUUUUUCAUCGUAAAACUGUAAUGUAAUGUGAACUGAAACUAGGAAAUGAGACUGAUGUUACUAAUAAGUGACAACCCUCAGAGGCAUUUAGAAUUCCAUGUAUAUGCCACAAGAUGGUGGCAAAGCUCCUAACAUACAGGCUGAGGACAAAAACAACUACGGUAUAUUGGUAGUUUAACUAUCAUAGUUAAACUAUGUUUUCAAAGAUUUUAGACAACAUCUAUCAAUUUAAAAGACUUCUAUGAUACCAAUUCCUAUGUAGACAAGCUUUGGUGCUGGAGUAUUAGAAGCAGCAAGAGAGCACAAAAACUGUAACCCCACCUCGAUAACUGUAAACAUAGUAGGAACUAGGACAAUACAGUAUAUAUACAUACAUAUAUAUGUGUGUGUGUGUAUAUGUAUAUUUACACACACACAUAUAUAUAUAUAUAUAUAUAUAUAUAUAUAUAUAUAUAUAUAUAUACACACA